GUCAACAAUUUCGUACAUAAGUCAAAGGGAAGUUUGUUGCUUCUCUUGGAAGCUACCAUCAAUUCCUCAACGUUGAACGAAUCAAGCAAUGACGAUAAUCUUCAAUCCCUAAUAUUUUCCCUAAUUUCUUAAAAAAGAUGAUGAGCUAUAAAUGGAAUCGAAGAAGAAACCGCUAGAAGAAACAAACAAGAACAAGGAGGAGAAAUCGAAAAUCAUUCCAUGGGAAGAUUUCCAACAAGAGCUUGCUCGUCUUUCCAGUCUUUCCUCCGCCCUUCACGAAGCUAAUCAGAAGAAAUCCAUAAUCCGAGAGAAGCUCAACUCCCUUGUACAGUUAGAAGCAGAAUCGUUGAAAUGGUCAAAUGAGCUUGACGAGAUGCGGGAGAAAUUAGAAGCUCGAAAACUGUUAAUGGGAAACAUGUCAAUGCGAUCAAAAGCUGUAAGAGAGAAAACGAAGAAACAGGAAGAACAACUUAACUCUGAGAUUCGAUCUCUUCUAAUGGCUGGUUCUGCUCUCUCUGUAGCUACUAGUCGAUUGCAGGAAGCAAAUAAGUCAUUGCGAGGAGAAAAAGGUUAUGCUCAUCACCUACAGAAUUUGCAGAAAUUGUUGAGAAUGCAGCAACAAUUUAUGGUGUCACAGAUUUCAUUGCUGUAUCCUGUGAAAGUUGUGAUUGGGCAUACACGGAACCAUGAUGUACAAAAAUCCCUAGAUGCAACAUCAAUGACUAUUUCAGGGCAUUUGAGUGUGCACCCUUUUACAAAGAUGAAUUUUUUAACUGACAAAAAGGAGGCCUUGAGGUCGGCAACUGCACUCGGUUAUAUUGCUCAUGCUGUUUCAUUACUUGCAUUAUAUAUAAAAGUUCCUUUGAGGUAUCCAAUACGAUUGGGAGCUUCUAGAACAUAUAUAUGUGAUUAUACUCCUCCUUUAGUUGAAUCUAUAUCUGAGUUCACAUCAACAAAGCCGAUUGAAUUUCCUCUGUUUUUGGAAGGCAAAGAAACGACAAGAUCAGCUUAUGCAGUAUUCCUACUUAACAAGGAUUUAGAGCAGCUGUUAAACUUCAUUGGGGUUGAAAGUUUAGGGCCACGUCAUGUGUUGGCAAAUUUCAGAGAGCUGCUAAAUAACAUUCUUUCCCACGAAUAUAUUAAUUCAUAAAUAAAUGGUUUCUUUGUGUUUUUACAUUUUUUACUAAUAUUGUUUUUGUUCAUUGAGGUGUAAAUGUGUAAUUCGUGUAUUUGAGUAAUGAGUAGAGAGAAAAAGGAAAAGUGGGUUCUCUCAUUUGUUCCUUGAUAUUACAUUUAUAGUGAGAUUGUGAUUAAUGAACAUCUUGUGUAAAUAUAUGUACAUUCAG